CUUGUUAGCACUUGAUCUGCGUGCUAGUUCGGUUUGGCUGUUUUUUGGUAUACUGGUGGUGUUUUGGGUUCCAACGGAGGUGGGAGUAGCUAGAUUUGAUAAAUAGGGAAUUUUGCUCCAUUUUUUCCAGUGCGCCCGUUCCUUCUUGUUGGAAUUGGAUUACUGCAUUCGAUAAUAGUUCUUGAAGUGUAGCUUUUUGUUGUUCUUUUUGUAUACAUUGGGUAUCUUGGGAAGGGCCCAGCAGCAGUAGCUAAUUGAAUAAGGAUGGAAUUUGGCUUCUCUGAUUGAAGUUGUUGUUUCCAAACUACCAGAUUUUUUCGUGCUAAAGGGAAUCCGUGCGUUUGAUUCAAUUGGAUUAAUAGUUCUUGCCAUGUGGAUUUUGCUUUUUCUUUGGUGCAUUGGGUAUAUUCAUGGUCAGAGUUUUUUAUUAUUUUUCCCCUGGUGGAAUGCUUGAUUGUGCUUGGAUUGAAAUGAGGAUCGGAAUAGGCUAGAUUUUAUGAAGGUAGAAUUUUGGUUUGACCUAUUGUCAUCAUUGCUCAAAUUGCAGUAUCAUCUUACAUAGGUAGAGAACUCUUUCCAUUUGCACCAAACCUUUUCUCCUCUUUUAAUAACAUUUUUGUAUUUAAUUGAUGUAAUAAUUCUCACACUAUUGUUGUCUUGCAAUGCUUUUUUUUGUGCAUUUUGGUGUCUUGAAGAGGACUUGCCAUCAAAUUUUAUCCCGGUCGAAUAUUUGAUAGGGUUUUAGUUGUCUGAGUGGGUGUUAUUCAUCUAAUCAGAUUGAGAUGGAGGUGGAGAUGUGCUAGAUUUGAUGAAGGUGGGAUUUUGAUGUGUCUGCUUGAUGUUGCUAGUUCACAGUUUAUGCUACCAUUUCGAUUUCUUUCUAGGAUCUAAUGGUGAUGGCUCAACAAUUUUCACAAUUUGGUCUAUUACAAAGUUUUACGGCGAGGGAUCUGGGCAUUUGCUUGGAAGUUAUCUUUCGGAAUGGUUCAUGUCUGUUUGUGUUGUUACCCAUGAAUGUUUGUAGAUUUCAUAAUGAAAUUGGAUAAGAAAUUCCUUUAAGGGGGCCACUGUCAGUGUGAUCUGGGUUCAGCAUGUCUGCCUACUUAUUUUGGUGUACUUGAUAGGUUGUAAAGUCAACAUAUGAGUGCUGCUUGUUCUUUGAAGUUGAUGAUUGAGAUUGGUUUAGUAGACAUAGAAACAAUUUAGGUUGUAAGCCUUGUGUGGUGAAACUAACAUUCUUAUCAGGUGACUUUGCUCUUAGCCAUAGCUGAUAAACUUUUUCUGUGUCUUAAACUAGCAACUUAUCUUUUGACCUAUUUUCUGAAUGAUUGGAAAGUCAUCUGUUCCACUUUAGAUUGUCCCCUAUUAGCUUAUCACAUUAGACUUCAGUGGUGCUGCUAGUUAUAUAACAUGCUCACCUUAGUCCUAGAUGGCUCAUGGCUGCAAGACUAGUAUAGCUUAAUUUGGUAAAAAGAUCUAAUAAAUUUUUAUUUCCUUUUGAACCUUUAAUACUACUAAUAAUGCACCCUUAGGUUCCUAAUUAUGAAAUUUGUUACUAGAGAACAAAUAGGUUGAGAUUCUUUACUUACACAAUAAAAAAUUUAGCAAAACUUAUCGUUUCAAAAUUCAAACAAAAGUAGUGCAAAAUUCAUCUGAUAAGAGAAAAAGAUGCAAAUGUCAGUUGUUUAGAAUGAGAACCACAAUUAUUGGAAAAACAAUCCACAAGCAUAAUCUGAUUCAUCACCAUGUAGGUUCCAAAAUUGGUAAAUUUGACUAUAGACAUGAUGGGCAAUAUUCUAUAGAGGCUAUGGAUGGCAUGGUUGAGUUAUUGAGGGCUGAUGUCUAGCGGAUCCAAAUAAAACAAAACUAGCAAAAGGAGUUAAGGGUGGGAAAUAGAAUUUGGGGUUUGUUGAAUCAAUACAAACAUGAAGGGGUAUGAGGGAAAGUAUAGAAGAUUCAGGAGAAGAGGGAAAAUAAGGGAGAAGAGUCAUUCAAAGAGAUAGAUGACACAAGGAUGAGAUGUUAGAGAGUCAUGGAGGGUUCAUGGUUCUGACAAACUGAAAAAUGAGUGGAGAAAAGAAGAAAGUGUAGAGGAAAGAGAAGAGAAGUCUCUUGGCUAGCAAAUGUUGGUUUAUUUUAAUCUGUUUUUUCGAGAAAUGGUUUAUUUCUUUCUACUUAUUUGAAGAGGGAUUUGUUCCAGUGGAAGAUCAAUGCAAGAUUUUCGAAUGUGCUGACCCAAUCACAGUCUUCACUUACAUAGUUAAUAACUUUUGGUGGUCUCUGAAUCCUUUCUCUAUACUCUACAUAAUGAACUUAUCACUUGGUUGUUUUGGAUGUGUGUUGACUGUCAUUUUUCUAACAUACGAAUGUCCUUUUAAUUCACUUUUGAGGUGAAGUCUAACCUAUACCAGAUAUCACUCUUCGUUCAUUGAAGAUUUUAGCUGCUGAGAUGCCAGGAAACUGCUGAUAGAAUUAUUAUAUCAUAGGAUCGAGCUAGAAGGGACAUCCCAUGAUGCAGGACUGAAGAUAUCAUCUCCUAAUGUUGUUGGGGAGCAUGAUUUGUUGAUUGUAGGGCCAGGCAUACUUGGUCGUAUGGUAGCUGAGAAGUGGCAACAGGAAAAUCCAGGGUGCCAAAUCUUUGGACAGACGAUGACUACAGAUCACUAUGAUGAAUUGAUAAAAAUUGGAAUUAUUCCUUCUCAGAGGGGAACUAUAGCUUCUCAUCAAUUUCCAUAUGUUAUAUUCUGUGCUCCUCCAUCACGAACUGCAGAUUACCCUGGUGAUGUUAGAUUGGCAGCAUCAAACUGGAGUGGUGAAGGUUCUUUCCUGUUUACAUCAAGCACUGCUGCAUAUGAUUGCAGCAAUAAUGGUUUUUGCGAUGAGGAUUGUCCAGUAGUGCCGGUUGGUAGAAGUCCUCGGACAGAUGUGCUUCUAAAAGCAGAAAAUGCAACUUUGGAAGCUGGGGGCUGUGUUCUGAGACUUGCAGGGCUUUAUAAAGCAGAUAGGGGUGCCCAUGUUUAUUGGUUAGAGAAAGGAACUGUUGAUGCUCGUCCAGAUCAUAUACUAAAUCUUAUUCAUUAUGAGGAUGCUGCUUCCCUCUCAAUUGCCAUCAUGAAAAAGAAGCUCCGGGGUAGAAUUUUCUUGGGCUGUGACAAUCAUCCUCUCUCCAGGCAAGAGAUAAUGGAUUGUGUGAACCAAAGUGGGAAAUUUGACAAGAAGUUCCAGGGUUUUACAGGCACUGAUGGUCCUUUAGGGAAGAGGAUGAAUAACUCCAGAACUCGUGCUGAAAUUGGAUGGGAACCAAAAUACGCAAGCUUUCCUGACUUCGUAGGGCUAGCAGACUGAGUUUGGUUUUUUGCUGUUUCAUUCCAAAUUUAUUUUUUAACUGAGAUGAAAUGAAGCUGGUGACAUGGCAUUGAAUGAGUUUGAUGAUUAAAGUUAUAAUAAAACUGAGAGAAGUCAACACCUUUUUAGUUC